AUGUAUAAUUACAGCACGGGACUUGCUAGAGAAAUCUGGCGCGAGCGCACUCAGGGAUUAUUACUGGGCACUCGUGUGUUCUUCCGGGGCGAGGAGAGAACCAUCAUGAGCGAGGUCGCCUGCGAGCCCGUAGACUUGUGUGACAUAGAUCAGCAAAGCUUCAAGGCGUACCUAGCCCGUGCAAUGGCAGCAACGACAAAAUGGGCUCCUUGGACUUACGAUAUCAUUAAGCCACUGCUCGAGGAAUCAGCCAAAGCAGCAGUAUCGACUUGUACUGGAGGAGAUAAUGGCCGGAUGUGCGGACUAAAAUGGACCGAAGCGGGUGUUCACGAUAACCUAACUGGCGUGGGCCAGCAGAUGGCAGCAAUGGAGGUCGUCCUUGCAAACCUCAUCGACCAAGCAGCCCCUCCCGCGACUCGAAAUUCUAGGGGUACCAGCCUGGGAGGAGCAGCGGCUGGUGAUAUUAAUGCUGUCGCCAAUGAGAAAGUGUCUCAACCCAUCCCUGCUGCUGGCAAGGCGGCGGCGUACGCCCUUACAGCACUGGCAGUUAUAGGACUGGUUGCUGGGUGUCUUUAUGUUUUGAUUGAGGAACGCGUCUCACUCAGACCCUUGCGUUCUGUUCUCGCCAGUGGAAAGUCAAACAGCUUUGAUCAGCUUCUACCGACCUCUGGUGUCAAAUCAAAAGAAUCCAGUGAUGACUGGAGCAGUUCCGAGACUGUCAUUAUCAGGAGACCUGACAAUGCAGCCAACCCUCCCGGAAGGUUGAGCUUCUGGACCCGGUUGAAAAGGCUGACGAUAGCCGCCAACGUAAAUGCAGAUAAUCAAGCGAUGAGCAGUAUCCAACAACCUGAUUGGGGGUCGGGGAAUGGAACUGGAGGGAAUUCUGUUCCCCAUUUCUCUGUCCCACUGGGGGUCAAGAGAGAGAACUUGUCGAACAGCAUGGAGUACAUUCCGGCAGCGGCACUUAGUGUGCCGCUGUCUGUCUUGGGUCUUUUGAGAGCCUACAAUUCGCUCAUUGUUGAUAGCAGUCGGAUAACAAUCUCGUCCUAUGUCCUCCUCCUCGGUCUUGUAGCAGCAGCUGUCAAGUUGAACUUGUCCCUCAUCAACAGGUAUCGCUUCGAAGCUCGAGCCCGAGCCCUGGGAUGCGGCAAGGCUCCUGUCUAUCCUCAUAAAGACCCAAUCCUUGGCCUGGACUCAUUUUUCGAAGGACUACGCAAUUUCAAGGACCACACUCUCCUCAACUGGUACUUCCGUCGCUUCACAAAAUGCGGCUCAACUUACUGGAGCAAAACUCUGGGCAGCUGGCUGCUCAUGACUGAUGACGUCGAGAACAUCAAGACCAUCUUAGCUGCCAAGUUCGACGACUGGCCUAUUGCUGGUCCCAGACUCCUCGGUACGCUCCCUGUGUUAGGACCUGACAGCAUCUUCUCCACGAACGGUGCAGCAUGGCAGCACGCCCGAACGAUGAUCAAGCCUGCGUUUGUUAGAGACCAGGUCGCUGAUCUCCAAUGCUUCGAUAGACACAUCAGGAACUUCCUGGCUGCUAUUCCCAAAGACGGCUCGGCGUUCGAUAUCCAGGAGCUGCUACUCGACAUGACGAUGGACUCCUCAACAGAUUUCCUGAUGGGCUACUCGACCAACCAACUGACCACACCCUCUCCCGAGGCAAGACAGUUCGUAGAGGACUUUGAAUUUGCCAGCCGGGAGAGCUCCAAGAAGGCUCGGUUCGGUCCAAUCUUGUACAAACUGCCGCAUCCCGAGUUGGAGGCCGCCGUCAGGAGGAUGCGCGAGUACAUCCGAUUCUACCUGAAGAAGGCCGCCGAGGAGAAGAAGGGGCUUGAGAAAGAACGCAACUAUGUCUUCCUCGACGAACUACUCAAGCUCAAUCCGCCCGAGGAAUACCUGAUUGACCAGGCCCUGACGAUUCUCGUGGCCGGACGGGAUACUACCGCUGCAGCGAUUACGGGCGUUUUCUACUUCUUGGCUCGGCACCCUGAUGUGGUUGAGAAGUUGAGGGCCGAGAUCAUGGCUGUCGACGAGGAAAGGCCAGCGUGGGAGAAGUUGAAGCAGAUGAAGUAUCUCAACAAUGUCAUCAAAGAGGCACUCCGGCUCUUCACUCCAGUCUCGACAAACUCCAGGUCUGCAAUCAAAGAGACCAUUCUUCCUCGAGGAGGGGGUCCAGAUGGGGCGAAGCCUAUCUUGGUGCCAAAGGGCACGCCGAUUCGUUAUUCGUUACAUUCCUUGCAUCGCAGUAAGGAUAUCUUUGGUCCCGAUGCUGAAGAGUUCCGUCCUGAACGGUGGGAUGGUGAUUUCCGGCCUGGCUGGGGAUACCUCCCCUUCAGUGGUGGCCCACGUAUUUGCUUGGGUCAGCAGUUUGCUCUCACGCAGAUAGCCUACACUCUGUUCAAAUUCUUCCGCGUCUUCAAGGCGAUUGAAGCUCGCGACUCCCAACCAUUGCUGGCAAAGGUGAAUCUUACGAUAUCAUUCCCGAACGGCUGUCGUGUUAGUGUGACGCCAGCCUGA